UGAGGAGAAAUAGGAAAGAUACGCAAAAAGAUUUAAAUGUUUGAAAUUUAUUGUUUUCAUUUUGAAAUUUUAAUUUAUUUUCACUUGCUUAUAAUCAAAACAUUUUUUGCUGAAUAAAUAAUAUGUUUCUUUCCUGGGUGCAGUAGAAAAUCUAUUAUAACAUCUAACCAUAAAUUAUUCAAAGCUAGAACCUGAAGUGGGACCAGUUAGAAUUAGGGGUGAGAAUGUCCGGCGGGCGCGUGGCGGCGCGCAUGCAGGCGUGGCGAGUGCACGCGUACGGCGGCGAGCUGCGGCUGGAGAGCGCUCGCGUGCCGGCCCUGCGCGCGCCCGACGACGUGCUGGUGGCGGUGCGCGCCGCCGCCCUCAACCCGCUCGACGUGGGCAUGGUGGGCGGGUACGGGCGGCGCGUGCUCAACACGCUGCGUGCGCUCGAGGGCGGCGGCGUGGAGUUCCCGCUGGUGCCGGGCCGCGACUUCGCCGGCGAGGUGGUCCGCGCCGGGCCCGCCGCGCGUCUGCGCCCCGGUGACCGUGCCUGGGGCGUGCUGCCGCCGCACCGCCCCGGCGCGCUCGCGCAGUUCGUGCUCGUCAGCGACCGUUGGGCGGGGCCCGCGCCGCGGAGCCUCGACGUGCGGCGCGCGGGCGGCACGCUGUACGCGGCGUUGUCGGCGUGCGCGGCGCUCCGAGCGGCGGGCUUGUGGCCGGCGGCGGCGGGCGGCGCGGAGGGCGCGGGAGGCGCGCGCGUGCUGCUGCUGGGGCUCGGCGGCGUCGGGCAGGCGGCGCUCCAGCUGCUGCGACACGUCGGCGCCGAGGUGGUGGUGGGCUGCGCGCCGGACCAGACCGAGCGAGCGCUGGCGCUGGGCGCGGCGCUGGCGCUCGACCGGCGCGCACCGGACUACGAGCGGCGGCUGGAAGAGAGCGGGCCGUACGCCGCGGUCCUGGACGCGGCGGGACGCGGCGGCGCGGAGGCGGGGGCGCGGCGCUGGCGGUUCGCGCGCUACGUGACGCUCACGUCGCCGCUGCUGCGCGACACGGACGAGCACGGACUGGCGGGAGGGGCGCUGGCCGCCGCCGCCGCACUGCUGCGGCACGAGCUGGCCGCCGCGCCCGCCGCCUCCUCGGCUUGCCCGCCGCGCGUGCGUUGGGCGUUCUUCGGCCCGCGCGCGGAGGACGUCGAGCGGCUGCGGCGCCUGGCAGACGGCGGUGAGCUGGCGGUGCACGUGGAGCGCGCCUUCCCCUGGGAAGAGGCGGCGGAGGCGCUGGCGCAGGCGGCGCGGGGCCACGCGCGCGGCAAGAUCGUCGUUGACGUGGCCCCCGCCUAGCACCGCCCUAGUGGUAGUAGACCGAGUAGCACGGGUUAGUUUGGCUAUGAUAUUAGACUCUAGUGAUCAUUCGAAACUAUGUAUUUGUUGUACACCCGCUUUAAACGUAAUGUUUCAAUAAACUUCUAUAGCUAGCUUCGCCCUAUUAAAUAUCAUCCGUAUUUAUCAGUUGCCCAGAACUACCACUACUAGAGACCUUGGAGUUGUCCAUGACUCGAAACUAUCGUUUAGCUCUCAUAUUGA